AUUAUAAUUUGUAUUACGUGAUCAUUUUUUAUUCCUGUUUUAAUAUUACGGGCAGUGCUAGUGAGUGGCAUCAAAAACAAUGGCGAAACUUGGAAUUUGUAGAGAUUUCAUUCACAACUCAUCUAGAACUAUUUGCCGAUCUAACAAUGGGCUGUUUUCACAUCGAUUGAAGACAACAUCAGCCCCCGCUGCUGCUUCAAAGAUGGCAUUUGGCGUUGGGAACGGCAGUAACGGGACGACCGUGUUGGAAGGGAAAGUCACCGUGGGGGAUUCUGAGCGAGCGACCCCGGCUGAAGAUGGGACAAUGUCCAGUGGAUUAGAUCUUGCAUUUUGUGACAGUCGAGAGGCAUACAAGAGCAAGACUACUAUUGAAGUUGCACGGGCAUUACUGGUGUUCAAGUUGUGCCAGUUUGACAGUCUUGUGACGUACAACAGGGAGAUAAUGAAGUUCUCUCGCAAGAUCCUUGGCAAGCGUCUCUUUGAGCUAGCGAUGCGUUCGACAUUCUACGGUCACUUUGUGGCUGGACAAGAUCAACAAUCACUGAAACCCACUAUUGACCGUCUGUCGCAGUUUGGUGUGGGCGCCAUCUUGGAUUAUAGUGUAGAGGAGGAUAUAACUCAUAAUGAGGCUGUGGAAGCAGAAAUGGAUUCUUGUGUAUCUCACGCUAGUGAUGAAAGCCAAGAGAAGCAUCUGAAGCAGUUCCAGGCGAACCGUGAGUUUGCCGACCGAAGGACGGAUGUUGCCAGUGCAAGAACCUACUUCUAUGAAGAUGAGGAGAAGUGUGAUGAUAACCUGAAGACAUUGCUAGAUUGUGUAGAUGUUGCAAGUGCGACUUCAAAAGAUGGUUUUGCUGCUGUGAAGUUUACUGCUCUUGGUAGACCACAGAUGUUGCUGAACUUGUCGGAGGUCCUAGUUCGGACUCGUCAGGUUUUUAUCCAGAUGGCAGGAAGGGCAGAUUCCCUGAUGGAUCUCAAGCUGACUAAGGAGCAGUUCCAGUCUGAGCUGGAGACGUUGGGGUUGACGUCAAGAGAUGACACUGGGGAAUGGUUCACAUGGAUGGACUUUGACAAAGACGGACGUAUCGACCUUCUGGACUGGGAUAGGUUGAUGGAACCGGACAUAAAGCUCACCAAAAUCUUCAAAGUUCCCAGAAUAGAGCGAGGCCAUUUGGAGCCAUUGCAGCUUAUAUUAACAGAAGAAGAAGAGUUACAGAUGAAAAGAAUGUUGGCUCGAAUCAACACCUUGGCCAAGAGAGCUCGUGAUAAAGGAGUACGGUUAAUGAUUGAUGCUGAGCAAACAUACUUCCAACCUGCCAUAAACAGACUCACUGUUGAACUCAUGCGGAAAUUCAACAAGGAAAGACCCAUUAUCUUCAACACAUACCAGUGCUAUUUGAAGCAAACCUUCAACAAUCUCAAGGUAGACAUGGAGCUUGCCAACCGUGAAGAGUUCCACUUUGGUGCCAAGCUCGUCCGCGGUGCCUACAUGGAUCAAGAGAGAAAGAGAGCAAAGGAAGUUGGCUACGAUGACCCCAUUAAUGAUAACUAUGAAGCAACUGGUGCUAUGUAUCAUCAAUGCUUGGAUUACAUGCUGCAUACAAUACACACAAGAGGAAAGGUCAAUACUAUGGUUGCGACACACAAUGAGGGAACGAUACGAUUUGCUGUUGAGAGAAUGCAAGAGUUGAACAUCAAGCCAGGAGAUCGUCUGGUGUACUUUGGACAGCUGCUUGGAAUGUGUGACCAGGUCUCCUUUCCUCUGGGACAGUCAAACUAUGCUGUUUAUAAAUACCUUCCUUAUGGUCCAGUGGAGGAUGUCUUACCGUACCUCUCAAGACGAGCCUUAGAGAACCGAGGAAUGCUGAAGGGGGUCAAGAAGGAACGUCAACUCCUCUGGAUGGAACUCAAAAAUAGGAUUCAACAAGGGAAGAUGUUUCACAAACCGACAGUGGUAUGAUUUUGAAGGGAUUGUAUACGUUUGGUCAUUUGAACCCACUGUUUUUUUUUUCAAUCAUAGUUGUAUACAUACCAUAAAACUAAACUGUGAAAAUUUCUAUGCGAAAGGUGGUGGCAUUCUUGAGAUGUUGAAAAUCUAGAGCGGUUUAAUACAUGCAGGAAGAAUAAUCUUUAACCGGAAUACACAAUCUCAUAAGCCUUAUAACAGUACGCUUCUCAGAUUCAAAUUUGUGCACAAAAAAUAGAUAUAUUUUUCACUAACCACAGUACUUCAAGGUGCAAAGUUUCUCAAAAAGCAUUAUUCUAUUUAAAGCUGCUGUACUUUGUACCAAAUAAGUUUGUACUGUCAUUUAUUUUCAGAGUCAAGUUACCAGACGUAUACAGACCUUUAAAUAUUUGAGUCUUUCAAAAGCGCAAAGCAAUAUUUCAACAGGAGGAAGUUUUUAUUUUUCAGAAGAGAGUAUACAGAAGCUGUGUAUACAGAGAUUUUAAUCAUGAUGAAAUUUUACAUUGUGAAACUACCGUCUAAAGCCCAUGCAACCUAAAAAUGUUGCUUCAGCUUUUCACAUUUUCGAUCGAAACCAUAUCGAAAGUCUAGUAUCUACUUGGCAAUUUUUUUAACCUCAGAAUUGUGGGAAAAACAGUUACAUAUUUUAAGGCACUUUAACAGCCGAUAGCCUUUACUUUGUGGAGAUGAAAAACAGGUAAUAAUGUUUUCAUUUUUUCAUCUAUCUUAUGUUUGGUUUUACUUAUUUUAUUUCAUUUUUUUUAAGGGGGGGGGGGACAGAACAGGGUUAUGGGUUUCUGUUGUAACAUUUGUUGUGCUCUUUUUUUCUGAUGGUAUUAUCUUUUAUCAUGGUAUAUAAUGUUUUACUUGUGGUGAACAUUGUUUGAAAAACUUAAACGACUCACUAUUAUGAAGUGCUUAUGAGAAGUAAAAUUGUAUUAUAAUUAUAUAUAUAUAAUUGAAGAAAAUUCAUUUCUGAACUCCAAUGGUUUACUUUUGACGAGGUAGUUCCUUGAAGUAGUCAGAAGUAGUACAGAGCACAAUUUCAUAAAGCUCCUUUUAAAGGAACAUGUUGCCUUGGAUCGGACGAGUUGGUCUAUAAAA